AUGGAUUGGGGCUUCGGUCUGUCGUUCAGUGCUCGGGUUUGGCGUCGUUUGGUGGUUAGGGUCGCUCCAGGAUCCAUAUCAGAUCUCUGUUGGUUAAUGUGGAAGCAUGUCGAGGGGUUCGGUUUCGUGUUUCGUUUUGAGGGAUUCGUGCUUAAGUGUCAGAUCUGGGUUAGUGCAGAUCUUAGUUCGGCUAAAGUAUCGAAUUCAAAGGACGGCGAGAUUUCAGAGCUUUGGGUGAAUCAUGGUCUCGGAUUUGGUCUUGAGUUUAAGCCAGAUUAG